UGUACAAAAGUUGUGGUUUCAAUUCAAAUAGGGUUUAUAUGUCAUAAUGAAAGCAUAACAGCUAUGGCAGCAUUUACAUUAAAUCUUGAUCGGAAAAUUGUACCAGCUUUAGUAGUUUGUGGCAAAUUUGAUGGUUCUCAUGCUUGUCUUGCUCUUGCGACAUCAUCUGGUAAUAUUCUCGUUCACAGUCCACAUCGACAACCGCCGAUAGGUGUGAAUGAAACUCAAGAAGAAAAUUUGGAAAAACGUCUCAAAUGGAAUGGAGAACUUGCAGAGCUUCAAAUUGGCAAACAGAUAUUAUCUCUCUGUACCGGUCGCCUUACAGAAGACGAAAGGGAUAUUCUUUUAAUUGGUACUUCGACUCAUAUUUUAGCUUAUCAAGUAGAAGAAAAUGCAGAUCUUUUUUAUAAAAAUAUUCCAGAUGGUGUGUAUUCUAUAGCCGUUGGUAAACUUAGUUGGUUGUCAAAUCAAGUAACGAUAAUUGACUUAAUUUUAUGGGAAAUAAAAGAAACAGCACCAGUAACAGCUCUUUUAGCUUUGCCUGGUCGACAAUUCGCUUAUGUAGUUGACAAUGGAACUGUUGGUAUUUAUGAAAGUGGUCAGAGAUUGUGGAGAAUUAAGUCAAAGCAUAAAGUUGUAUCAAUAAGAAGUUUUGAUGUGAAUGGCGAUGGUAAACUAGAACUUGUAACUGGAUGGAGUUCGGGAAAAAUGGAUGCUAGAUCUUGUUUAACUGGCGAUGUUACAUUCAAAAUACAAUUAAACUCUGCUGUUGCUGGAAUAGUUGAAGCUGAUUAUCGUCGUACUGGACGACCAGAUUUAGUAAUAGUUUCUGUUACAGGAGAAGUUCGAGGAUAUGGAGCUGGAUUAAUGAUAAGUACACCAGAGCCAGGUGAAUUAAUUCGAAAGUUGCUUGCAAAAAAACAAGCAUUAACGACGGAGCUUAAGCAACGUGGAGCUAAUUUUCAAAACUACCUUGGUUCUAAAUUAGCCGUAAAUAUGUUUCCAAGUAAAGGUGCUGUGAGACUGGCUCUUGCUGCAGGUCCUGGUUUAUUAAUAAGCUGCGUUAUUGUAUUUGCGGAGGGUCUUUUUGAAGGCGAAACAAUGGUUGUGCAUCCAACUAGACCAGAAGAAGAAUUAGAAAUUGAAUUAAAACCUGAUAAAAAUAUGGCUGUUGAUAUUCAUAUUGCUGAGAGAUUAAAACGUAUUGCCUUGUGGUUGAAUCAAUCUUUCUUACUUAGCAAAGAAUUUGACGUGCCAGAUGAAGGCCCUGCGGCAGCAUUUAUUGAAAUUUGGCUCCAAGGAAUGAUGGAUAAUAAAAUUCAUUGUAUACGAGCUAGUGCAGUAGGGAAAGCAAGCAUUCAAACAGAAGAUAUGUAUUUCGCUGGUGAUAUUGUUCAAUCUUUGGCCACUUAUUUAGGUAUUCAAGAACUUGGAUCUGAAGCAAGAUUUCCAGCUGAAGAGCAAAAAUUAUGUACUGUUUUAGAACGCGUCAAAGGUUUGCGAGAAGUUGAUGCUCGGUUACAAGCCGAUGCAGCAGGAGACUCGACUCUUUUAAAAAAUCUAGUGAUCCGGUUAGAAGAUGCAAGAAUUUUAAAUGAUGUUGAAGGUAUGAAGAGGCGUCUUCUACAACUCAAAAACGUUAACAGCGAUCUUAUGAGAGAGAAUGAAAUUAGAACAAAUAGUAGCAGAGAACUUACAUCUACUUUGAAAGAAUUGAAUAUAGGAGUUCGCAAAGCUUCUAGACUUCGAGUUGGUCGGGCUUCAACAAAUACGGUCUCGAGAUGUAGAACAGCCAUUCAAGAUGAAAAUUCUAAAGCUUUAAUACAGGCAUUACAAAAUGGA